AUGAUCCUCUCACAGGGGAACCGCCUCUACAUCCGCCGCCUCUUCCGCUCGCGAGCCAUCAAGAUCCUCCUCGUGCUCGCCUGUCUCAUCAAUAUCCUCGACGUCCUCCGAAUCCACCGCGAUAUCACCAAUGCCGACCGAACGCCUGCGCCGCGGCCCUCGCAGCCCCCCGAGCGAAUAUAUAUUGCCAGCAUGCACUGGAACAACGGCGACGUCUUGAAGCACCACUGGAACGACGCUGUCAUUAAGCUUGCUGAGACCUUUGGGCCGGACAAUGUCUUUGUCAGCGUCUAUGAGAGCGGCAGCUGGGACGACACCAAGGAGGUACUGCGGAAGCUCGACAGCGAGCUCGAGCGCAGAGGUGUGCCGCGCCGCAUUGAAACCUCGCUCCAGACACACCAUGAUGAGAUUGCGCAGGGCGACCAUGGUGAAGGCUGGGUCAAGACGUCUAGAGGGACGGAGCUGAGGAGGAUACCGUACCUGGCCAAGCUGAGGAACAAGACGAUACGUGACCUGAUCGAGCUCCACGAGAAGGGCACUACCUUUGACAAAGUCCUCUUCCUCAACGAUGUGAUAUUCACGACCGAUGAUGUCUUGAAGCUCCUUAAUACCAAUGGCGGCGAGUAUGCCGCCGCCUGCUCGCUCGACUUCUCCAAGCCACCGCUGUACUACGACACCUUUGCGCUUCGGGACACCAAGGGAAAUGCUCAUGUUACGCCAACUUGGCCAUACUUCCGAUCCAGCGGUUCGAGGAAUGCGCUGGUCAAACAUAUCGACGCCGUGCCUGUCACGAGCUGUUGGAACGGGAUAGUCGCGAUGCCGGCGGAACCUUUCGUCUCUUCCUCUGCGCUCCGCUUCCGCGGCGUCACAGACUCCCUUGCGACACACCACCUUGAGGGUUCCGAAUGCUGUCUCAUCCACGCCGACAACCCACUGUCCAAGACUCGCGGCGUCUUCCUUAACCCGCGGGUCCGCGUUGGAUAUAACUUGCCCGCAUACCAGGCUACGCAUCCCGCCGACGGGUCAGAGCCUUGGCUCUCAGUGUGGGACAUCUUCACCGGGCUGUGGGCCAACCGCCUGCGCCGCUGGGCCACCUUCUCGUUUGACAGAUGGGUGGUCAGACGGCGCGUGGGGCGGUGGGAGAAGGAGGGCUUGGGGAAUCGCGAGCCCGGCGAGUUUUGUCUGAUCAACGAGAUGCAGGUGCUGGUUGACAAUGGAUGGGCUCAUGUAUAG